GCCCAAUCCAAACUUACAGUUUAACUAUGCAGAAUUCCAACUGCACGAUCAUCUGAACAGUCGCCAUGGCCGCCGCUGUGCACGCAAGACUUCAAAGCCAGGCGAAGAGCAUCCUUCAAUAUUGGUUCGGCUCUACGUACCCCCAAUCCAUUGAGAUGCGGCAGAUGUGGUUCAAGAAGGAUGCAGCGAUAGACGACGCCAUUCGCGACCAGUAUGGCGCGUUGGUCUCGGAUGUCCUUGCCGCGGAUUCUGACGUUCUCUUCCGUCUAUUGCGUGAGAACGAGGCGCAAGUCAAGCUCGCGGCAGUCCUCUGUCUCGACCAAUUCACGCGAAACAUCUAUCGCGACCAGGCCACCGCCUUUCAUGGAGACCGCCUGGCGCAAGCGUUCGUGGAGGAGACGGUGGGGUCCCCGGUCGCCAUGCGCGAGAUCAAGCAGCUUCAUGCGCUCGAGCAAGGGUUCUUCUUCAUGCCUCUCAUGCACAGCGAAGACAAGCGCGUCCAUGUGGUGGCAGAGCGCGUGUUCAACGACCUGUCGGCGGAUUUCGCGGCGAAUCCUGCGCUCAACGGCACGACUGCGUAUUUUGCCAAGUUUGAGCACGACCACAAGGCCAUCAUCGAUCGGUUUGGGCGAUAUCCCCACCGCAAUGCCAUUCUCGGUCGCGAGAGCACACCCGAAGAAAUUGAGUUCUUGCGUCAACCCAAUUCGAGCUUUUAGUAGUUGUUCAACGGAAUAUCAUACUAUUAAUAGUAUUAAUAGCAGUUGUAAAUAUUAAUAAUCAUUGUCCAAUA